AAAAACAGAGCUAACCCGGCGAAGACACAGCGGCAGCAGAGGUGGAACCACCCUGCACCACCACCGCCGCAACCACCACAGCCGGAGAUCAACGCCAAUCGAUACGUAUUCGCCGCAGCCACACCCUACCCUUCCCAAUACCCUAACCCUAACCCUAAUGCAUCUGCCCCUCAUCCCACUUAUUACCAAUACCCCACCGGAGCAUACUACCCGCCGCCGCCGCCGGCAGCACCGUUACCUGCUCCGUACGAUCACCACCACCGUGUGCCGGUGGACCCUGCCGCUCAGGCGAUGGUGGGUGGGAGGUACCCUUGUGGGCCUGCGAUGCACUCGCCUACACCUUAUGUUGAUCACCAAAAGGCGGUUACUAUUAGGAAUGAUGUUAAUCUCAAGAAAGAAACUUUGAAAGUUGAACCUGAUGAACAACACCCUGGGAAGUUUCUUGUUGUUUUUACUUAUGAUGCCACUGUUGCUGGCAGGUAA